AUGGUGUCGUUCAGCAUCGAUGGACGAAUUGAACAGCGGUACAAAAUAUUGUGCCACAUUGGAAGCGGGGCGUACGGAGUCGUUUGGUGUGCUCUUGACAGGGUGACAAAAAUGAAAGUGGCAAUCAAAAAGGUAUACGACGCAUUUGGAAAUAGACAAGACGCGCAACGAACCUACCGCGAGGUGAUGCUCCUUAGCACUCUGCAGCUCGACAACAUUGUUCCUUUGCUAAAUGUAAUUCGCUCCAUCAAUGGAACGGACCUCUAUCUCGUAUUUGAACUUGCCGAAACUGAUUUGUCGGUUGUACUGCGGCAUAACAUCAUGGAGUCCGUACAGCGGCAAUACGUAGCUUACCAAAUUGUCUAUGCCGUUGCCGGUUUGCACGCCCGUGGGGUGAUUCAUCGGGACUUGAAGCCUGCCAAUGUUUUUCUGAACUCAGACUGCAACAUCAAGCUGGGCGACUUUGGCCUCGCGCGCUGCUUCAAUACACAAGGUGGCGACAACGACCUCACUGAAUACAUAGCAACGCGCUGGUAUCGAUCGCCAGAGGUUCUCGUGAAGUCCACGUGCUACACAACAGCUAUGGACAUGUGGGCCGUUGGUUGCAUUUUGGGUGAAUUGUUUACCGGUUCCCCUUUGUUCACGGGGAACUCAACAUUGCACCAAAUCGGGUUGAUUGUUGCCGCCCUUGGCGAGCCAUCGGCCGAGGACCUCGAGAGUUUGAAAUCCGAAGAAACUUGGCCACUCAUAGAUUCUCUGCCUGCGAUUGACCCAGAUCCGUUACCUGAGCGGCUGAGUAAAUACAACGCAGACGCCGUGGACUUAAUAUGUAAAUGUAUUGUCUUUGAUCCCAACAAGCGGCCAACGGCGCGGGAGGCUCUGCAGCACCCUUACUUUGCUCCUUUUACGUCCCCGAGUGACUUCGAGGAGCUCGACAAGGCUGUGCCCAUCAAACUCCCAUUUCCGGAUGAGGAGGAGAGACCCGCGGAUCAAUAUAGGAGUGCGUUAUACGAUAUUAUUGGAAACCGUCGAAAGCAAAAGUUAGCCUUGUAA